CGAGAUCGCACCACUGCACUCCAGCCUGGGCGAUAGAGUGAGACUGUCUCAAAAGCAAAAAACAACAAGAGAUGUUUCCAGAUUGUAGUAAGUUGAUGAGUAAAUAAGAGUUGAGACAACUUUUAGAAAAUGGUGUCUGAAAAGUGGGGAGAGGCAUGAUGGUAGCUGGAGAGUGACUCAAGAUAGACUCAUUUUAAUGUAGCAGAAACUGGAGCCUGUUUACAAACUCUUUGUGGGAAAGGGCCCACAAAGAAGGAAAGUGGCUGUCUGGAUGUGAGUUUAUGGACUGACAUUGAACAGACCUUGUUGGGACUGAAGGCCCAAAGAGUAAGCAUAUGGGUGGAGGUAGUUGAAAAAGAACCUUCCAGAUGAUCUGUUUUCUUCAUGAAGAAGUAAUAUCUACCGAGAGAAGAAAUUGAUGAGGUCGAUUAUAGAAAGACUCUCAAGAAUGGUAAGAUAGUCCUUAGUGGGAGUGGUGCAUGGCUUCAAGAAGAGGGUUGAUGGGACCCAUCCAUGAGUAAAGAAGUUAACGGCAAUGCCAGUCUGCCCAGGAUGUUCUGCUGGGGCACAGAAAAACAUCCAGUUUCCUUCCUUUAGAUUUUAACUGCAGCAUCAUGAGCUGCCUUCCUAGAGGGAAUUUUAUAUUUCGGAGCUGUAGCUCAGAAGACUUACAUUCUCUUUUCCUCCUCCCAAGAGAGAUCACGGCUGCUUCCCAGGGUUUAUCUCCAUGACAUAGAACUGUCCCUGCUGGGAAUGCGGGAGGGAACUGCUUCCCACUCGCAAGCAGCCUUUUCACUUCCAGCUUCCAUCUGCCUUCCUCUCCCACCUCCCAAAAUCAAGUAAAUAAAUCAAAGCCAGAAAAACAUUCUGGCUGGAAUUUUAUUGCAUUUAAUAUUGUAUGAGAGCUUCCAAACCAGCUCUGAUGGUUGAAUUUCAGACUACAUGAAGGUGAAGCCUGUGAGGUUCCUCCAGGAGUGCUGGGCAGAACCCUGAGUUUUAGAACUCCCUCCGCUUUUAGCUUGUCUUGUAUGUGCUCUUUCACUCUUUCAAGCACUAAACCCUUCACUGUAAAUAGUCACCCACCAAGGUGCCCUCGGGUUAUAGCUUGUUACUAGCCCUAAAAGUGGCUAGUACCCAGUCUCAAUGUUGGAUAGCAAGCAAAGGUGAUGAGUUGUUUUCUUGGGUUUUUUGAGGUUUUGUUGUAUUUUGUUUGUGUGUCUGUUUUUUAGAGACAGGGUCUCCUAUGUUGCCUAGUCAGGUCUCAAACUCCUGGCCUCAAGAUCCUAUCACUUUGUCCUCCCAAACCACUGAGAUUGCAGGCGAUUGUAAGCCACUGGGCCUGGCCAUUUUCUUGUUUUUAAAGAUUAACCUCAGUCAGGCCUUAAUAUCUAGAAAUGCUAUUAUCAUCCUACAAAUGAUUGCUCUAUAACAAAGAAAUUGGGUAAAGGAGCUUUCUUACUGUAUUUUCAGUGAAUCCAGGCAAGGACGCCUUCAUUCAUGAAACAGGAAGGCUGAAUUAAUUGCUCUCAAGUUUUUUUUUUUAGCUUCAACUAAAGAUCCCCUUAUUCUUCAGUGGAAACUUGGCGCUGAGGAGUCCCAGGAGGUGACUCAGUCAGCUAUGUGUGGCCUCGGUGCUUUUUCUCUGCAUUGUGUUUGUCAGGGGUAUCUGGGACAGAAAGAAUAGUUUCCGCUGCUCUGGCAUCCAGAGCCUGGAGUGCCCGUCUCUAAGCUGGCCUGCGCCUUGCCACCAGAAGAUGUAAUAUAAAGUAGCUGCUUGACCCCAAAGUAGCAUUCAGAGGACACAUAAAGAAGCUCCAUUAAUUCAAACAUGUAGAUAUUGUAGAGAUCCAGAGGGCCAGAGUCUGUCAUUUGUUUAAAGUUACCUCUUUCUAUGCUGAUCAUUAUUCCUUUUUCUAAAUAUUUGUCUGCAUGUUAUAUGUGCUUUGAAUAAGUUUUUGGGUGAAUUUCUUAAAUUCAUGAAGUAUAUAAAGUAACUUAACAGGAUAUGAGUUAUGACAUUUAGGGGUGUUGUCCUGUUGCUUCAGAACAGUGGGGUUAUCAUGUAACACACCAUGUCACGUGAUUUGACUAAAUACAGGGAAAAAAAACCUCAACUUGGUUUCAUUGGCUCAAAUAUAGUUCAAGACAAUGGAGACAAAACUAAGAUGAGGAAGUUCUAUACAGUUUAGGAAAUAGGAGCUUUCAGAGAUAACUCACAGUGAUGUGAAACUGGCCUCCCAAACCCUGAUAAGUAAGUUAAAUAAGAGUAGGGGCCAGGAGGAGGGUUCUUUACUCUUAAAUUAAGAGAAGGGGAUCUGGAGGUACCUCAGGUAGAGUGUUAGGUUUACAGACCUGGCCUGUGUAUGUAAGGUGGAGGAGUGGAAGUUUGAGAAAAGUUUAAGAGAAGAAAUGGAUGUGAUCGCCUAAAUCAGCCAAAUACAGGCAACAUGGCCAAUGCCCUGGCCAGCGCCACUUGUGAGCGCUGCAGGGGCGGCUUUGCACCCGCUGAGAAGAUCGUGAACAGUAACGGGGAGCUGUACCAUGAGCAGUGUUUCGUGUGCGCUCAGUGCUUCCAGCAAUUCCCAGAAGGACUCUUCUAUGAGUUUGAAGGAAGAAAGUACUGUGAACAUGACUUUCAGAUGCUCUUUGCCCCUUGCUGUCAUCAGUGUGGUGAAUUCAUCAUUGGCCGAGUUAUCAAAGCCAUGAAUAACAGCUGGCAUCCGGAGUGCUUCCGCUGUGACCUCUGCCAGGAAGUUCUGGCAGAUAUCGGGUUUGUCAAGAAUGCUGGGAGACACCUGUGUCGCCCCUGUCAUAAUCGUGAGAAAGCCAGAGGCCUUGGGAAAUACAUCUGCCAGAAAUGCCAUGCCAUCAUCGACGAGCAGCCUCUGAUAUUCAAGAAUGACCCCUACCACCCAGAUCAUUUCAACUGCGCCAACUGCGGGAAGGAGCUGACUGCCGAUGCACGGGAACUCAAAGGGGAGCUGUACUGCCUUCCAUGCCAUGAUAAAAUGGGGGUCCCCAUCUGCGGUGCUUGCCGACGGCCCAUUGAAGGGCGCGUGGUGAAUGCCAUGGGCAAGCAGUGGCAUGUGGAGCAUUUUGUUUGUGCCAAGUGUGAGAAACCCUUCCUUGGACAUCGCCAUUAUGAGAGGAAAGGCCUGGCAUAUUGUGAAACCCACUAUAACCAGCUAUUUGGUGAUGUUUGCUUUCACUGCAAUCGUGUUAUAGAAGGCGAUGUGGUCUCUGCUCUUAAUAAGGCCUGGUGCGUGAACUGCUUUGCCUGUUCUACCUGCAACACUAAAUUAACACUCAAGGAUAAAUUUGUUGAAAUUGACCUAAAGCCAGUCUGCAAACACUGUUAUGAGAAAAUGCCAGAAGAAUUUAAGAGGCGACUUGCCAAACGGGAGAGAGAAGCAAAGGAUAAGGACAAGCAGAAAAAGAAAAAGCCAGUCUGUUUGUAAACUUUUCUAUCCCUCUGUCAUCAUUUUCACUACUUUCUCCUUUGGAAUAAGUUUGUGGAGUUUGACAUGAAGCCAGUCUGCAAGAAGUGCUAUGAGAAAUUUCCAUUGGAGCUGAAGAAAAGACUUAAGAAACUAGCUGAGACCUUAGGAAGGAAAUAAGUUCCUUUAUUUUACUUUUUCUUUUCUUUGCAAGAUAAGAGAUUACCAACAUUGCUUGUCUUGAUCUACCCAUAUUUAAAGCUAUAUCUCAAAGCAGUUGAGAGAGAAGAGGACCUAUAUGAAUUGUUUUAUGUCAUUUUUUUCAUUAAGAAAAAAAAAUUUUGUAAUCAUGUUUAAAAUACAGAUGAAGUCAGUAUUUGCCUUUGUCAACCCUUAUCCAUUUGUUGACAUGUAGACUAUUUACAAAAAACACAUGGUUAAAUGUUAGAUUUUAAUUAAGGCCCCCCAAAAUUAAAUAUAACUUUUUUUAAAUGACAGGAGUCAGCUUUUACAUGACUCAAUUGAAAAAAAAAAAAAACAGUAUAAACAUUAAUUUACUUUGUAUUCAAAAGAAAAUUCCAACUGCUGUUGGGGAAGGAUACAGAGAAUAAAAAUAACCAUGCAAGAAAAACAAAAACAAGAAAAAUGAGUCUUAUACAGUCUUAGUAUAUUUAUCAAAGUAGUAGCUAUAAAGUGAAUAUAUACAUUACUAAGACAAAAAAUAAAAGUAUAAUUCAGAACUACUUGACUUUUUUUAGUUAAAUGCAGUAAUUAUUAUGCUUAGUUUUAUAAUCUGCCCUCCUUCUGAAUUUUUCCUUCAAAUGAUUACUUAACACAGUAGUUAUAGCUAGCUAGUAGGAUGUCUUUUAAAUUUUUGUGCAAAAAAGAUGUAUACCAGGUAUUUGAAAAUAUACAUUAUUGGAAAAUGAAGUAUUUUUAAUGUAUUAACAGCAACUGUGCUCCUAAGCUUAAUGCCAAGCAUGUAGUCUUAGAAUAGGGCAUGAAAUUAAAUUGUAUGUAGCUUGGAAUCUCUUGCUUCAGAAAAGUGAAUGCGUAUGUCAGUCAUAUUGCCUUCAUAACCAUGCUAGUAUCUAUGCAUUAUACAUAUUUAAACUUGCCUUGCCUUAAAAAAAAAUACGUAAUACAUACUUAAAUCAGGAAUUCUAGCCAUCUCACAGAAUACCAACUAAAACUAAGUACAUUGAGAUCUGAGAUUGGUAAACCCAGAUUCAUUUAACACAGCUUUAAUUAAAUUUUUAAAAAGUCUAUUCUUUUUGGGGGAAACCCAUUGAAGUUAAUUUCUAUUAUCUUAUUAGAAGAGAAUGAUGUUGAUAUGUGUUUCAGAUUUUUCAUUUCAAAUCUUGUAAUUAAUUGGAUCUAUUUAAUAUAAAUAGGAGAUACAAAUAACACUCUUAAAUUGGAAGAGGGAUGUCUUGGUAUUCGUUUUAGGUCAAAAUUAGUGAUUCUAUUUUUAUCAAAAGUUUUAUCCUGAAGUUUCUGGACCACUUUUCCUUAAUAAACUUGUUAAUGGAAAGCGAGCUUUAUGAACAUUUUAAAAAUGUUGCUGCUGCUUUCUUACUUAAAAAGAAAGUUGCCAAGAUAGACUUCUUAGGGAAAAAAAUUUUUUUCCCAAAAAUUGCUGAAAUAUUGUUUUGCCAUUAAAAAAAAAAAGUCUCAGGAUAUUACCACUCUGCCAUUAAAUAUUUGUAUGCAUGCAUUUUUUUAAAAUUCUGUGCAUGUACUUUAUGGAGUACAUUCUAUUUUUGUUUUCAGACACCUUACAACCAAUUAUUUUUUUAGUAAUCUUUUAGAAUUAAAACAAUUAUAAAUGAUUUAAAAUAAUAUCACAUAGUUUAAGAUUGUAUAUGUUCAGUAGUGUCAAUCAAUCAUUGCAUUUGACAGUAAGAAUCAAAGUCUCUUCAGUGUGCCUUUGUCAGCUAAUAUGUAACCAGCAGUGAUAACCUUGGGAGUAUUUAUUAAAUAUUAUACUAUGAAUAUAGGCAGAAUAGGACAGAGUUUGCAAUAGAGAGUCUUGAUACUAAAUUCUCAUAUACCUCUACAUGAGAAAUAUGGAGCAGAAAAACAAGCGUUUGCAUAUAUUCUUCAUCACUUUGAAGAUGCAUGGCCUGAACUCGACUGCUUGUGUCUGUUUACAUAUCAGGCAUAGCCAGGCAUCUCCUGUAGCCGGAGGUUCCACCGCUGUCUUUGCUCAGUCCUCUUUUAAAAUAAGAAUUAGUAUUUUCUAGAAGUUCAACUUGCUAAGCCUCUAAUACUUCAGCGUAGUUUAUCUAGAUAACAGUACUUUCUUCCCUGAUAAGUAAUAUCAUUGGAGCCCUUACAUAUAAGGAGAAGAGGAAGAAGUUGAAAAAGUGUAAGUGGAUUAAAAAAGAAACUUAGUCUAGUUCAUAUUUUUAAUGGGGCUUUCUCUGGCUGCUGGAAAACUUAGGCCAGUAAGCAUCUCUUUGUUUAAAGUCCUACAAGGCAAUUUGAAAUAAUUCAUUGUUCAUGCCAAAAUUCUAAGUACUGUUUUUCUUAACAAGCAUAAUAUGAUCAGGAAAAAUGGGUACAAGUAAAAUAUUCUUUGAAUCAUACUCAAAGCCUUAUUAACACUGCACUUGAAUAAUAGGUCAUUUUGCCUCACUCAUUUGCCAAAGUAGCCAUUUCCAAGUUAAGGACAUUUUGAGGAAGGCUGAUAGCCUUGUUGUAUUUCAUUUUAGAUUGUAAGCUCAAUGGCAGGGAUACUAAAUCGAUAAUUGUGUUUUCAUAUAGCAACCACCACAGGUUACUCUUGGUGCUUAAUAAAUGUUUAUAAUCAUUAACAAUAACUUGUAUAUUAUUUAAUUUGAAUGGUAUAGCUAUGAAAUACAUAUGGAAAUUGAAGUAUUCAUGAAUAUGUAAUGGAAACAUUCAAGUAAAUGAAUAAAAUGAUCUGGUUACUAUG